AUGGCUAGUGUAAUUGACCAUGAUACACGAAAUUAUUACGUCUACAUCUAUUCGGGACUCAUUGGGGCCCUGUUUGUGACGGCGCUAAUGCGGUCGACCACGUGGUUCAUGAUGUGUAUGCGAGCGUCCGUUAAUCUACACAACAGUAUAUUCUCGCGUCUAUUACGGGCGCCGAUAGCCGUGUUCGACAACAACCCCAUCGGUCAAAUGCUAAACCGAUUCUCGAAAGACAUGGGGAUUGUCGACGAAAUGCUUCCCACCACUGGCAUAUACAUGAAAUCUGCCAGGGAUAUCAAACGUUUUGAGGGGAUAACGAGAAGUCCAGUGUUUACUCACGUGAGCACAACCCUCAAUGGGUUGGACAGUGUGCGGGCCUAUGGGGCGCAGGAGGCCUUUGAGCAUCAGUACUAUAUCUACCAAAAUGACCAUACUGCCACCUGUCAGAUGACUUCAGUCGAGCGUAUCAUUGAAUACCAGAGACUACCACAGGAGGCGCCGUUAGACUCGGAUGACACACACCGACCACCACCUGACUGGCCAUCGAAGGGU